CAUCUGAACCUCUACCACACCAGGUUUAGGUUCCAGGUCUUGUUUAUCGAUCCAGACUCAGAGAAGAGGUCUGGCUCCAUCUUUAUCCCUGCUCUCUCUCUCUUUCAGACUCAGCUGGAGCUGGACAAAUACUUCCCCCACACCGGCGCUCCUCUCCUGACUCUCCCGCCCGACCUCACGGACAAGAAGUACAGACGAGAGAGCGCCUCUGUGGUGGACGAGUACUUCUCCGAGGACAAACCCGCCACGCCGUACAGCCUCAACAUCAACGUCAUCCUCCCCAGCACCACCCACCUCCGCACGGGCCUCUACCGCUCCAACGCCAAGACCCUGGCGUCGCAUCAGAUCAAAACAGAGCCCGGGCUGGAGGUGCCCUGCUCCAUCCCGAACUCCACAACCCAGGCGCUGCCGGACUUCACCUCGGUGUUCAGCGUCCCGCCCGUCAUCAACAACGUCUUCAUCAAACCGGAGAUGAGUGCUGGAGGAGCGGCGAGCGGGCCUGCAGGGUCUCAGCAUCAGCAGCAGCAGCAAAACCUGGGCACAGAGCUUCACAUCGGACCCCACCCCCCACAGCCACAGGUCUACCACAUGCCCAUCACCAGCUGCGCCGACCUCACCAUGACUUUGUCCCACACCAGCCCGUCGGCGCACGUCUCCGCAGGCGGCAGGACCAUCAUGAACAUUGGCGGCGUUUCAUUGCCGACGGCCAACGGCAACUACCUGAUGGCAGAGCACCAGCUGCAGCAGCACCACCACGGUUACUACCAGCACUCCCCGAGCCACACGACGGCCCCCCACAGUCUCCCGCCUUCGCCCCCGAACUCUCAGCCGGGGAGCCCAGACGAUCAGGCGGAUCUGCUGAGCUUAGUGACGCAAGCUCCGCCUCCUUAUCAGCAGCGCCUGGGGGGAAUGAAGGUGACGGGGUUGUCCCAUCACGCCAUGCUGAUGACGCACGGCCAGGGCGUGCUCACGGGACCCAAAUACAACCGACGGAACAACCCGGAGCUGGAGAAGAGGAGGAUCCACUUCUGUGACUUCCAAGGCUGCACCAAAGUUUACACAAAGAGCUCUCAUCUCAAGGCACACCAAAGGACGCACACAGGGGAGAAACCGUACCGCUGUACGUGGGAGAACUGCGACUGGCGCUUCGCCCGAUCGGACGAGCUCACCAGACACUACAGGAAACACACCGGGGCCAAACCCUUCAAGUGCGUCGCCUGCAGCCGCUGCUUCUCGCGCUCCGAUCACCUGGCCCUGCACAUGAAACGCCACCAGAACUAACUCACCACAGACACACCUGUACAUAACACAUCCCGAAAACACAUGCAAUCACACACAAAACAGUUUCUAUACACGACGGAAACGUGAACAGACACAGCACCAGAAUCGCCUCUGUGCACCUGUUUUUAAAUCUGACGCUCAACGCUAACAUCAGCUGAGUGAUGGAAUCAAAAUGGAUCCAAAGAAGGACAAGAAACCUGUCAGGGAGGGGACAGUUUUCCAUUUUCUGCUUUCUGAUAAAAAACCCGUUGACCCGCUGACUAUCAGUCCGCGCGGCGUUUGUGGAAGUCUUAGCAGCAGAGCUGAUGAUCCACCUCAGGAGCUCAGAGGUGAUUUUGGUGUCUGUUGUCGUCACUGAACAGGCGUCGAUUCAUAACGUACACUGGUUGAACUCAAAUCAACGCACAAUAAAAACACACAUCCACACCUACACUCAUGCAUCAUUACAUCUGAACUGUGGGGGGUCAGGCUCCUAACCAAGCAUCCAGGACUCCGUUUGAUCACAUCCUGGACUCUCUCUCUUCUACAUGAACUUUUUGUUAUCCUACAAAUCUGCUGCCAUCUUCCUCCUCCUCUUCCUCGUCAUCAUCACUGUCGCCAUCUUUUAUUAGUCGAGGUUUUUUAACUUUGCUCCCCUCCAUCCUGCCUUUUGUAAAUACUUGUUUAUAAAUAUGUGUGAUUGUGUGUCUGAGAAUACGAAGUGAAUGUAUCGAGAUUUAUACUUGAUUUAUACUUUUUUUUUACAUUAAAUGUUAAUAUGAUGAGUGAGAUUCGAUGUUGAAACGUCCUUGUGACACAAUCUCCCUUCAAGGGCCCUUAAGGAGGAAAAAAAAAAACGAGGAAUAAUCAUCGGACAUGAUCAGAAAAAAGCUCUUCAUGAAAAAAGUUAAUAAUCACCUGGUUCUGCUCGUUUCAGCACAGGUACUACCUGUCGAGCUCACAGCCAUUUGCCAAUGUUUGUAUCCGUGAUAUUACCCGUUACCACGGCGACCAAGCUCUGACGACAGUUUGCGGUUUGCUUGCAGUUUCUUUCUUCUUUUUUUUUUUUUGUCUCUCCUGUAUUUGUUUAAACACUUCAGCUUCAGAAAAAAAAAAAACACAGACGAGGGCGGAUCGACCUGUUGUGUAAUCUCUCCUGAUUGUUAUAAUGUGCAGAAUAUAUACACACCGUAAACACACACACACACACACACACACACACACACACACACACUGCAUCGUGUGACUUUACAUGUGUAAAGUUUGAGUUAUAAACUCUGGCAGCCGUCCAUUUUUCAAAGGAACCAAAAUAUGCUGCAGGGUUCAAGAGAGUUUAAAUCCCUGGAGCUGAAGCGGUCAAAAUCUCUGAGGAAGCGAUCCAUUAAUUUAUUUUAUUGACUGAAUAAUUUUUGUAAUUUACGGAAAUGUGCCCCCGCUCACAAUUCAUGGCCUACUUGUCUACUUUAAGAAACCUUUAAAAAAAACCUGCAGAAAGUUUGAACAAAACCUUCAAGCCACAAAUGAAGCUCCUACACACACACACACACACACACACACACACACACACACACACACACACACACACACACACACACACACACACACACACACACACACACACACACACACACACACACACACACACACACACACACACACACACACACACUAAUUAAAAUCAAUUACUUACCCUUUCUAACCUCAGCAAUCAUUUCUACUUUAUAACACGAGAUCAUGGAUAUGUAUGUAUCCGCUUAGCUUUCAUCAAUUCAUAAAUGACACAAAAAGAAGAUUCACAAAUUGCAUGCAAACUCCUGCACACUGUCUUAACUUACAAAAAUACAUUAUUGGUAACAUUUAGGUCCAGAAAGAUUCGGCCGGGAUGCCACCCUUGGCCACCCCUCCAAAUUAUCUGUUCCGUUAUCUAGUGGCUGUUCAACAUCAAAUUCAAAUUUCUCAAUGAAAUACACUCUGAGCCCUUCAAGCUCUCAGGUCUUCAAAAAUAUUUAAAAAAACAUUUGUAAAUUCGUUCCCACAGAUUUCAAACAUGUGCACACAGAUAUAAAAACUGUGAGCACAGAUUAGUAAACCGUGUGAAUGGAUUUAUAGCAAGCCAGUCCAGAGAGACGCUCACCUGUCUACAGCUACCAGUCUAACAGUUUACAUACAAACAUCUUCCAUUACUAAGUUCAAAUACAUGUUAGCAUAAAGCUAGUUUCUUUUCAUCCGACAUUGUAACACCCCUCACUUCCUCAAGGUGGCAGAGUAGAGCAUUAAAAUCAAAGACAGCUUCUUUCUUCACCUGUAGAUGGCAGCGUUGACCACGUCUACCUGCGCAUUUCUGUCAUUCUGCUGCUGUUCCUUUAUUCGCCUGAAUGUUGGAAACGCACUGCUAAUCUUAAAAUUCUUGAUGAUUUUUUAAUUUAUUUAAAGGGGACAUAUUAUGAAAAAACAUAUAUUUGUGUAACAUGAGAGUCUACUGACCCACAACAUGUGAAAUAAACCAUCCAGUCCUUUGUUUGUGGUCUGCAUAAGUCUUACAACACAGAGAAAAAUGCUCUGUUUCAAAUGUGCUCUCCUUGUGAUGUCACAGUGGGAUUCUAGUAAAAACAUCCCCUGGUAUCUCCACUCAUAGACUCCACCCCCAGACUAGAACAAAUCUUUAGAGCAGGUCGGCCAUUUUUAUUCUCUCUACAGAGGAGUGAUGUCUACUGGGAAAACUCAGGGGGGGGGGGGUCAUUCCAUUUAAAGAGACACACACACCAAAAUGGAGCGUUCUGAGAGAGCUGGUUUCUACAGGGUCACAAACCUCCUCUGGUGCUUGAUUCAUGUUAUAUUUUGACCAAAGCACAGCACAGAUGUUUCAUUUAGACCACAGGGGGGCUGUUUGAAAAGGUGGAGGAGGGGACUGUUUGAAAAAGUGGAGGAGGGGACUGUUUGAAAAGGUGGAGGAGGGGGACUGUUUGAAAAGGUGGAGGAGGGGGACUGUUUGAAAAGGUGGAGGAGGAGGACUGUUAGAAAAGGUGGAGGAGGGGACUGUUUGAAAAGGUGGAGGAGGGGACUGUUUGAAAAGGUGGAGGAGGGGGACUGUUUGAAAAGGUGGAGGAGGGGACUGUUUGAAAAGGUGGAGGAGGACACUGUUUGAAAAGGUGGAGGAGGGGGUGAUAUGUCCUCUUUAAAAUCCCAGUUGGUCUUUGUUCUUUUAAAAACUACAAACCCAACAAGCACAUUUUUUUUACAUUUCUUUAACUGUAAAUGUUUUUGAUGUCAGAACAAUAAUUUUUAUUUUUUUAUUUAGGUAAAAACGAUGAUCAGUGAUUGACCCAUGUCUGUUUAAAAUGUGUUCAUCCCUUUAUUUCAACACUUUGUUUAUCGUUCAAACAUCCUCUCUCUCUCUCUCUCUCUCUCUCUCUGUCUCUGUCUCUCUCUCUCUCUGUCUCUCUCUCUGUCUCUCUCUCUCUCUCUGUCUCUCUCUCUCUCUCUGUCUCUCUCUCUCUGUCUCUCUCUCUCUGUCUCUCUCUCUCUCUGUCUCUCUCUCUCUCUGUCUCUCUCUCUCUCUCUCUCUGUCUCUCUCUGUCUCUCUCUCUCUCUCUGUCUCUCUCUGUCUCUCUCUCUCUCUGUCUCUCUCUGUCUCUCUCUCUCUGUCUCUCUCUGUCUCUCUCUCUCUGUCUCUCUCUCUCUCUCUCUCUGUCUCUCUCUGUCUCUCUCUCUCUCUCUGUCUCUCUCUGUCUCUCUCUCUCUCUGUCUCUCUCUGUCUCUCUCUCUCUGUCUCUCUCUCUCUCUCUCUCUGUCUCUCUCUGUCUCUCUCUCUCUCUCUGUCUCUCUCUGUCUCUCUCUCUCUCUCUCUCUCUCUCUGUCUCUCUCUCUCUGUCUCUCUCUGUCUCUCUCUCUCUGUCUCUCUCUCUCUCUCUCUCUCUCUGUCUCUCUCUCUCUCUCUGUCUCUCUCUCUCUCUGUUCUCUGGCACCGUGUACAUAUCUGUAGUUUUAACAGAAGACUUUGUAAAUAUUUGUUUGUUUUAUUUCCUAUUAUUAUUAUUAUUAUUAUAUUAAUAUUGUUUUUCUUUUCUUUUUUUUAAACUAAUGGGAUUUUAGAUCGGUAACACGUGAAUGCUUGAUCGUUUUUUUUUGUUUUGAUACUUUGUGCGUGUACGAGAAUUUAUCAGUGUAUGUGCAAAAUUCAUGAGAACAACAAUGGUGUAUUUGUGUUUGUUUGUUUGUUUGUGUAAAAAGCUGCAAUGAAACAAUAAAAGGAUUCUUAAAAUAAA